AUAGAUUCAGGCCUGACUGCAGCAUGCGUUUUAGUGAUAGGUGUUGACCAGACAAAGGCUGUAGGUUAUGAUUUGUCCUUUCUUCAAAUGUCAACAUUGAAAUGUAGCCCAUCGGAUGGUAGGCAAUUUAUAUUACGUAACAUUUCAUGCGCAAGGCUAACGGCGUGUUGACCGAAGCUCCGGUGUGCAGGUGGAGUUAAACAUGUUCACAUGGGGUGGAGUUAAUUGUUGCUGGCGCAGAAAAAAAAACGUGACAAUCAAUUGAACUUUGAAACUUGAAGCAAACAGACAGAAUGGCUACCGAUUUUACUCAGGAUUCGGUGUUGCACUUUCUCCAAUUCAAGGGUGGGAGAGUGAAGAACUCGGACCUGUUGGCGCACUUCAAAACGUUCCUACGCGACCACGAGAACCAGACGUACAACCGGCAACUGUUUAAAACGUUUGUGAACUCUGUGGCUGUGGUGAAACCAGAGGAGGGAGUAUCAUACGUUGUGCUAAGGAAGAAAUGUCUGGGGCAGGUUGCUGGAGAUAUCGCCGCCGCAUACCACUCACCAAAGCCUCGCGCUAGACAACAACCGGCGCCACAGGCGAGACCGAGGGAGAGAGACCAGUCAUCGAGAGCUCCGGUAAACCGAAACCAGCAGAGAGGUCAGAAGGGACUGAUUGAGACGCACUUUCAUGAAUUACACGUUCCACCAGGCGACACCAACCAACUCACCGACAAGGUAUUAGCCUCGGCUGGAAUUGUCAACAACAACAAUGUGGAAAUAACUAUCAAUUACGAAAAGCCUAUCCAAUGCUCCUCGCCACAUGUGCCAGACCAUGCCUCACCUCCUAUAUACAACAGAGAUGCACCAUUCCUCCCAUCGUACAAUGCGGCAAUAUCAAAGUGGUCAGAAGAUGGGAGUGGUCAGAGCUUUGAAGCAGAAUGGGAACUGAAUCACAAAGGUAUUUACAUCAGCGGUUCCAAACUUGGCCAGCAGUCAAAAGAACCAAAGAGGAAGAGGUCCUAUCCGCCCCCUCAGUUCCUAUACACAGAGGUGAAACCUCCAGCGUCUCACCCAAUACUGGUCCAACAGAAUGCAGUGCAGCCACAGAGGAAAACUUCUGAAGCUGACCACAGAAGAACAGCUACAGCAUGGCCACUGCUCACCACUCUAGAGCAUGCCAGCUCCUCUCCUUGUUUAUCUGAUGGUUACAGUCCUCCUGCUGCUCCACGCUCUCUACUGACCCCUGACCCCCAGGUGACGCGGAGUAACGGCAACUUGGAUGGCAGUUACCACCUCCACCAUAGGAUCCCACAGCAGCCCAGACCAAAACAAGAUGGACUCCCAGCAGCUCCACUGCAUGCUACACCUGCCUGUCAGCUGACGCAGAGCAAUGGCAGCCUACCUGUACCACAGAAGGAUGGAGUCCCAGCCCCUGUUCCUGACAUCCAGUAUCCGGAAGAGGAAGGAGCGGCUGUUACCCAGUCCAGAGCCCAGACCCUGCCUUUCCCACGCAGCCUACUCCUGGACUCUGCCUACCAGGACCACACUGCUGGGUGUACUGAUGGGUUUGGGUACCCUGAGCACCACCACCAGGCCAGCUCUGACUUCUCCUCCAGCCACAGCAGUCUCUCCCUAGCCCAGUCACUGGACUCCAGGGAUGAGUGGCCCCAGCGUUCCCCUAGAGAGGAGUGGGCCAGCAAUGAAACUCUCAGCUACCAGGACCUGAACUACCCAGGUGAGCAGCAGAGGGUGAAAGUGCACGAUAUGCUCUGCCGUGCUCAGGAGGCCAAACUGCUCUCUCAGAUGCACCGCGCUGAGAGGAGAGCGCCCUGGCCUCACCAUCACUCCAACGGUUACCUUGACGAUGAGGCGAACAGAGCGUCGUCAUGGCACCACUCCACAGGUCAUCUCCAUGAUGACAAUGGGUCCAAGUCCAUUGAGUCCACCUUUCUUCCUGGUUCAGACCCCGAGCACCACCUCCGACCCCCUGUUCGGCGAAUCAGCAGCCGGUUCCGCAGCCGUAUGUGCCGCAGCCUCGGAGCCGACCUGGACCAACUGUUCCCGGAGGACAGCGUCUCGGCACGGCACAACCGCCUCCACCUCCUCUCCUCCAACCUCAGCAUCAGCCACUCCUUCUCCACCCCCACCUUUCGUACACCCAGCUACAGAAACCUGAGGCGGGAGAUGCACUCCGGGACCUCCAGUAACAAGAGCCUGAACGGAGCCUCUAACUCUGGCGGCCAUGACAGCUCCUACUUCCACUGCCACGAUCUGGUCCCCCUGGAGGCGAAGGAACAUGACUGGCUGGUGAAGGGCGCCACUGGGACCUGGACCGACAUCUACACCCUGUUCAGAGAUGAACCCAGCCUCCUCACCAAGAGAGACUUCAUCACUGGUUAUACCAUCCUGCACUGGAUCGCUAAACAUGGAGACCACCGGGUCCUCAACACACUCUGGUACGGAGUCAACAAAGCUGGGUUGAAACUGGACGUGGAUGUGAAGACUACCUGUGGCUACACGCCUCUUCACCUGGCCGCCAUCCACGGGAACAACAAGAUGAUCCGGCUGCUUGUUUAUAAGUUCAGGUCUAACGUGUCCCUCAGGGAUACCAGUGGGAAGAAGGCCUGGCAGUACGUGGGCCGGACCGGCCCCAAGGAUCUGCUACAGAUGCUAGGGGCCCCUCACUGCUGGACUUCCACAGGGGGUAGCUCCACACCCUCAGGGGAGAGACCCAGAAGGCCCGCUGCAACCUCAGCCACGGUAAAGAAGUCCAUGUCCAUCACUGGGUUCCUGAAGCAUAAAACCCUAGUAAAGUUCCCAGGAUGGGAGGGUUCUCAGUCUCCCGAAUCCUUUGUGUGAGAAUAGCGUGAACUUCAGGGUGAGUCUGCCUGCUCUGAGGGUGUGGCUACUGACAAGACCUACCACACAGCUCAAGGCUCUUACUAAGUCAGACGUUUGGGGUCUUUACAGCUUUAAUUUGCCACUUAAAAACUUUCUUGGUUAUUUAAAAUGUUUUUCCAUUUAUAAAAAUAAAAUAAAAAUAAGUAAAACCUAAUAAAUGAUUAAGAGGGUGGGAUUAUGUAAUUGAGCUGUCUAAAUUAACGUACUGUGAUUUGGAUUAUGAUGUGGUAUCAACUAUCACUUGUGAAAUCCUAUCAUGACACGAAGCAAUAGAAUCAGUCAUUAAGUUAGAUCUCUUAAGGGAUUGUAUUAAACUAUGAUACCUCAGUAUAAUUGUUUUGCUAUUUUGUUUAUUGUGGUGAGAAGCUUUUGUUUAUUUGCUGCUGGGGACAUGACUUCCAUUCUCGUGUGCUCGUUUUCAAUGACCAAAGAAUACUCCUUUUAAAUUAAUAUAUAUUUUUUUUAAAUGCCUGUUCUCUAACAAAAGUGUACUGUGUGUCAGUUGUUCGUGCUUUAAGUGGGUUCAGAUUUGAAGUGAUGUGACCUGACUCUGGAAUGUGGUAGUGAGAGGAUUUCUUUUUUUUUCUUCUUUGUUCAAAGACCUUUCAAAGUAGCACUGUUAUUAUUGCAUCAUCUGACUGAACUAGAAAUGUCAGGAAUCCUUCCCUUCAGUUGCACCAAGUUGCUUAUCUUGUACAAUGUUGGAGGUUCACUCCGUAUAGAUUGCGUGGCUUUAUUCACUUUUGAUUGACACUACAAGGCAUAAACAGAACUCCCAUGAACUGUUUUCCCCAUGUGCACUUAAAUCAUAUUGUUAUGAUACCUCAUGUCCUGAGGUGCUUAAACAAUCCAGACUGGUAUUUGAUGUACCUCUGAUGCCUCCAUGAAGGGAUACAUUGGGAUUUUGGUAACGAGGCCCUUUAUCUACUUCUCCAGAGUCAGGUGUCCUCUCUGUGUCCAAUAUUAAGGAACUUAGAGGUUGUAGUUUUGUGAGCCAAUGCUAACUAGCAUUAACAGAAUGACUGGAAGUCUAUGGUAACUGCUAGCAUGCUAGUAGAAGUAUCCCUUUAAGCACUCUUAUUUAUUUAGUCUCUAACACUACUGUUGUUGAUUUAAAUGAAAUGUUAACCUGUGUUAAAAUUUAACUUGCAGAGAGACUGCUAACGAAGGCUAAUUUACAAAUGGAACCCUAUUCCCUAUAUAGUGCACUACUUUACACCAGAGCGCUAUGGAACUCUAUUCCCUAUAUAGUGCACUACUUUAGACCAGAGCCCUAUGGAACCCUAUUCCCUAUAUAGUGCACUACUUUAGGCCAGAGCCCUAUGGAACCCUAUUCCCUAUAUAGUGCACUACUUUAGACCAGGGCCCAUAUAGGGAAUAGGGUGCCAUUGGGGGAGGGGACAGCCUAAUACUCAAAACUUACAUUUACUGUACAUUUGUUUUGCUCUUAAUGGGAAAAAAAACAACAUAAAAUAUAUAUUGUCACUGGGUGUGAAUGGGAGGCUGCAGUUAUAUCAAGCAUUGUAUUGUAUAACCUGUUAGAUAUGUCUAUAGCUUUCCUUUUCUUUGAAUAAAAAGCAUAUGGUAUAUUAA